CACACACUCUGACACACACCUCAGUCUAAGCCACGGAGAGGGACACUCGCUGCUGCUAAUCACUGGUGGGAUGGAGGGGGGCUAACCGUGUGGACAUUUUCUAUCUUUCCUGUUGUUCUUUUGUCAUCUGACAGCUGUUUGUGGAGUAAUGAUCAAGCGUGUUUGAUGGGACUGGCUGGCGUGCGAGGGGAAGAAAUCCAGAAAAUGCACUGUGGGCUUCAACUGACAGCGGCCUGAGAGUGAGGCAGACAAGAGCGACACAACACUCAUCAACGUCACCGCCAUGCCUCGACCAGGAGAUCCCCAACACUGUUAGUUCUCACUGCGACCCCAUCACCUGUGACGCCCUCAUGACUCCAGGCCGCCUGGCUCACAGAUACCCUGUCAACUGCCGACCUGGGACACCCCGGGGUGGCCUUUGCCCUUGAUGCAUGGAUCCCGACAGGACCAGGGGCAGAGGAAUGAGGAGGAACAUGUUCCUCUGGUGGAUCUUACUGCUUUUCUUCCAAGGAUUUGUAUUUCACAAUGUCCACGGGGAACUUCCUUUUAUAGCGGGGAACAAUGCUGCCAUGCUGGUCAACUGGAACGCUGUUGACGGAAACAAGAAGUUGUUCGCCAUCUAUGACACGAGCGUCAAUGAACCGGGCAACAUGUCAUUCGUGAAGGAGACGGUGGAUAAACUACUGAAGGGAUAUGAUAUCCGACUGAGGCCGGACUUUGGAGGGGCCCCUGUUGCAGUCGGGAUGAGCAUAGACGUGGCCAGCAUAGACAUGGUGUCAGAAGUCAACAUGGACUACACAUUGACCAUGUAUUUCCAGCAGUACUGGAGGGACAAGCGUCUCGCCUACAUAGGAAUCCCCCUCAACUUGACUCUGGAUAACAGGGUUGCCGACCAGCUCUGGGUCCCUGACACCUACUUCCUCAAUGACAAGAAGUCUUUUGUCCACGGAGUCACCGUCAAAAACCGUAUGAUUCGCCUGCAUCCGGACGGAACCGUUCUCUACGGCCUCAGGAUAACUACAACAGCAGCGUGUAUGAUGGAUCUCAGGAGGUAUCCCCUGGACGAACAGAACUGCACUCUGGAGAUAGAGAGCUAUGGCUACACCACAGACGACAUCGAGUUCUACUGGAAAGGAGGCGAGUCGGCUGUAACGGGGGUGACACGGAUCGAGUUGCCUCAGUUCUCCAUUGUCGAUUACAAGCUGGUGUCCAGAAACGUAGUGUUUUCCACAGGUGCCUACCCUCGACUGUCUCUGAGCUUCAAGCUGAAGAGGAACAUCGGCUACUUCAUCCUGCAGACAUACAUGCCAUCGAUCCUGAUUACCAUCCUCUCCUGGGUCUCCUUCUGGAUAAACUAUGAUGCGUCAGCAGCCAGAGUGGCUCUAGGGAUCACCACGGUGCUGACAAUGACCACUAUCAACACCCACUUGCGAGAGACGCUGCCCAAGAUCCCCUACGUCAAGGCCAUUGACAUGUACCUGAUGGGCUGCUUCGUCAUGGUCUUCCUGGCCCUGCUGGAGUACGCCUUCGUCAACUACAUCUUCUUCGGGAGGGGUCCCCAGAUGCAAAAGAAGCUGGCGGAGAAGGCAGAGAAGGCCAACAACGAGAGGGCAGCCAAGUACGAUGCCGCGAGGGAGGCAGGUAGUAGGACCGCAUCCCUAAAGCGGUCCAAUCAGGUUAAAGGUCUUCGCCACUCACGCUCGGCGGAACCACACGGCCACGGGAACAUCCUUCUAACCACCCUGGAGAUCCAUAAUGAGGUGGCGGGAGGCGAGAUCACCACCAGCGUGGCGGACAUUAGGAACUCUCAGUCCAUGGUGCAGUUGGACAGCACGGCCUCGACGCACAUCCAGUACCGCAAGCAGAGCGGCGGGAUCGGGCCCCGUUCCGCCAGCCGGCACUCCCUAGACCGGGCCGCCCAGAUGAAACGCAGCCGCCUGCGGAGGCGGUCCUCGCAGCUCAAAAUCAAAAUCCCCGACCUGACGGAUGUGAACGCCAUCGACCGCUGGUCACGGAUCAUCUUCCCUUCCGUUUUCUCACUGUUCAACCUCGUCUACUGGCUCUACUAUGUCUGAUUGGACUGUUUUGUUGAGAUGUUCGUUGUUGUUUGUUUGAACUUUUUUUUUUCAUUUUGUUUCUUUUUCUUCCUUUUUCUGUUGCUUUUAUACAUGAUGGAAUCUGUCGGGUUAAAGACUGCAACACUUCAAGAAAAAAAACAGACUGAGAAAAGACUAAUGAGUUUUGGACCAAGUUCUUGUCAAAAUUGUUUUUAUAUUCGCAGUCUUUGAAUCCUUAGUACCGAGGUCUUUUUAUUUUCUAAAGUAUGUACUGUAAUUGGGACUUGUGACGGUCAUUUCCCAACAUCUGCCCUCUCAGUAAUGUGUAAAUAGAGAGAUACAAAGCCAGCAAUUGAAUAAAUAAUACAGUAUUUGCAAAAAACAAACAAACACAAUAGCAGUUAACGCAAUGAUUUUUCUAAUCAAAAAAGAAUUAUUAAGAAAACUUUAUACUACACAGGUGGUCAGAUAAAUGCAGGCAAUUCCUAAAAGUCCAUUAAACAAACUAAUGUAUGUUUGACUGGUACCCUAUGCACUAUUAAUGCAUGUAAUGAUCAACCAGUGGUGAAACAAUGACUCCUUUUUUUGCCUUGGGUUACAUCACGAUUUUACAGAAGACUCUGUUGAUGUGUAUUUGUUUAUAACGUUGAUAAUAUACAGUAUACUUGCUGUUAACUAUGUCAUGCAUUGAUCUGGUUACCCAAACACAAUAAUUUCAAGUCGAGGAUUUUGUCCUCUGUUCAGGAUGAUUGUGACUCAGGUUCUGAAUUUUUUGCUAUACGACAUAUUUUUCUUGUCAGAGAAAAGUGUCACUGAAAUAUCCUUUUUGGUAAUUUGAUAAGGAAACGAAAGCACAAACGCGAAUAAAACUGCCAUUUUUUUCACUUCUACCUUCAAAGGAACAUGCGCUUCAAGUGAUAGCAUGACAGAAUUGCACUCAAAUUUAUCAAACUUCCUCUAAAAAACUGUCUUACUUUAAUUUAAAACAACUGCCAAGGGCCUUUUGGGCGACACGGUUACUCAAACCAUGAAAUAUUAUGAUAUUUUUGUACUCUGUGUCUUCAGGUAUUUAUUUGAUUUUCCUAUCCCGUCGUUUUUUUUGGUUUGUUUUUUGGUUUGUUUGUUUGCUCAACACUUGUGAUAGAGUGGAGGAAUGAAACCAUUUUUGUACAUAAGUACAUAAGUGUGUAUAUACAUAAAUGUAUAUAUAUAUACUGUGUGUACAACCCAAAAUGAAAAUGAUCUGAGCAUUCUGUGAUUGUCAUACUGGCUAUUAAAUGUCAGAAUACUUAGCUCAAAAAAAGAAAUAAGAAAAAAAAGACGACAAAAAAAGACAAGGAUUAAACAAAUUAACCAACAGGUCAGUUUCAAGCAUCAGUUUAGUUUUUGAGCAUUUGUGGGGCACUCUGGAUAUCUUCUCUAACAUCCGACCAUGUUGAAGUCCACUCUAGACACUGUGUGUAUGUUCACCCUGCAUUUUAGAGGUACUGUAUGCCCCGCCAUACAGCAGCAAGUGAUGCAAAUGGAUUUCAUUGAUUCCACAGACGGACCACGAUAACCGGUCUGUCGACUAAUAAGCACAUACUAGCGCUGAAUGUAUCAGAUCCAUUCUUCAGGGAGAGGAUAAUGAGCCAUGGUCAUCAUUUCUCCAUCAGAAUGUAACACGCCCAUUCUCACGAGUGACGGUGAAAGAGAGGGAAGAGAUGGUGUUUUAAGAGUGUGUGCAUGUGCAUGUGUGUGUGUGAGAGAGUGAUGGGGAAUGGAUAAGGAGAGCUUGAGAUAGGAAGGGUGUGGGUAGACCAUUUAUUUUCUGUGCUGCUUGCUCGACUAUGGACAAAUGUCAACGUAUAAUAGUUUUGUGGAUAAAAAUAGCUCUCCUGUCCCGCUCUUUUGAUAAACUGUGUGCCAUUCCACCUAAGGUCGCAGAGCAAUCAGCCACUUACAACUCAUGGACGACGAUGUAAAUUUCAUAGAUACAUGACUCACAUAAACCGUUUGUGCAUGUACAAGAAUACAUGUAGAAAAAAAUAUUGCUACUUGAUAAUAUUGAAUUGAGAGGUGGGAUCAAUCUAACUAAAAAAUUGUGACGUUUUAUGUGUACAGACUGAUUGAUAUAUGACCAAGAACUGAAUGUAUUGUACUUGGAUUGUUGCUGCACAAAUGCAAUUUUCUUUCUGGAAACAGGAUUGACCUCAACCGUGAUGAAUUAGGGCUCGAGUUGACUCCACAUUCAAGUGAACCCAAGUUUUUUUGCUGGCAGUGUUGUAGUCAAGACCACCUAAUGCGAGAACAAGUCAUGAACAAGACCAGAAUGUAUCAAGAACGCAACAAGACUUUGAGGGGUUGAGAUCGUGGCCCUGUCUACACCGAUACAGAUAUUUGAAAACACAUAAUUUUCUCCAUGUUUUCGCUUCUUGUCCACAUGCUAACGGAGUUUUAGGUCACUGCAACUGAGAUUUUUUAGAACUCCUUUUAAGGUGCAGAUUUGUAAAAACUCUGGUUAUUUUGUGCGUUUGGGAAACAAUGACAGCAUCUCUUAAUUCACGCAUGCCCACUGUCUUUUGUAACAAGCAAGUGCCAGAAACAACAACAGUGGACAAACUUACCAGUAUGUUGUGUUUCGUAGCACUCCUUGGACUAAUAACUACUUCAUACUUAAACUUAGUAUUGCUGAACCACUUAAUGGAUGAACGGAGGCAUCUGCUGCGCCCAGUGUUACUUGGUCCACUUCGGUAUCCAUGGUUUACAGUCUGCCGGAUCAGACCCGGUCGGACCAGAAGAUGGUGGGGCAAUUUUAAGAGUGAGAUCGUUCACGAUGAGGAGUGGAGGGAAAAAAUUUUAAUGUCCAGAGCAUCACUCCAAUCAAAAAUAUCUGUAUACAUGUAGACAGGGCCUCAGUGAUGUCCCUGCAGUCGGGGUCUUGACCGGUCUUGAAAUAAAAUCCAGAGUCCUCUUGUCUGACAAAGACAAGACAAAGUAAAAAUGCAGUCAAUUGCGAGAAGAGACUGAGACCUUCAAGAAGUGGUCUUGAGACCAAGACCGUUUGAGUACUACAACACUGCUUGCUGGUUUUCUGUCCUGUUUUCUACUGUGUAGACAGGACACAGUGCACAUAUGACCUGGGUCCAAGAAAGAAGAAAGCUCCAAUUGUAAAAGAAAUACUACAUCAUAUAUAAUAAGCCAAAACAUCUUGCUAAAGAUGUGUUCAGAAAGAAUCCAAAGUAAGAUUUCACCUUGCGUCAUUCGUACGAAUGUGUUUAUUCACCCCAAACAGCCGAUGUACCAACUGUACAUUUAGCGGUAAGCGGUAACCAACGGACGCACUAAAACUCUGGGUCUUUCAGUUACUUCCCUCUCUUCCCUGUACGUUUAUGAAGCAGAUGAUUCAUACAUUUUUCCAAAGUUGGAACAUUUUUAACUGGUACGGAUACGUUUGCAUGUCAAAUUGCGUCUUACCGUAGACUUCGUAUGCAACUGCCCCAACACUAAAGUUGUCUGCCGUUGGUCUGAACACAGUGAAAGGAUUUCUUGAACUUGGGCACAAAGCAAGGAAGGAACCAGUUUGUCCAAAGAUGUUUCAAGCUGCUUUGUGUCAUUUAAAGUUUGCAAAACAGUUGAUGACGCUUCAGUGUUGACACCAACUGUACAAUAGCAGUAAGUUAGCCAACAACGAAUGCAGUGACACUCUGGUUCUUUCUGGUACCUUCCUCUUGUCUCUGUAUGUUUAAAAAGCAGAUUCACAAAGCCAUGGGAUGCUCGCAAUUUCUCAGAGGUUAAAAACAACUUGCGCAGACACGUUUUCAUGUCAAAUCGUGUCUUUCUGUACUAAGUAUGCAACUGCGCCGCCACUAAAGGUUGCCGUUCUGUCUGAACACACAGUAAGAGAGGAUGUCUUGACUUGGGCACAAAGCAAUGUUUCGUAAUCUCAUGCAGUCAAGGUUGUUAAGGAGCCAGUUUGUCCAAAGAUGCUUCGAGCUGCUUUGUGUAGUUUGAAGGACGAAAUUCGUAUGAAUGAAGCUUCAGUGUUGUGUAAAUAAGAUAUAAUAAGACCGAUUGUUGGAACACUGAAGCUAGAAGACUUUACUUCCUGGCGUCGUGGUUACAUUUAAUUUAAACAACUCCUUUCGGGUCAAGUUUUUGCAGAUGUAUGAGUCAUUAUUUUACCAAACUACAUAGUGCAGUUGAAAAGCGAAAGAGGCGGUGACUCUCGCUAAUUGUUUAUCAUGCAUGCAAACUACAAUUCGUAACUUGGGAAGAUUUUUAAAAAAAGAUAUUUUGCAAACUCACUUAUGAGAGCUGCCAACUGCUUCUUUUAGAGAUGACAAUAUGCCAUGUGAGCCUACAAUAAAAAUAAAAAAGUAACAAAAAAAUAAAUAAUAAAAAAGAGUCAUCAAAGACUUCAGGUGUUGUAUGGCCUUGGUCCCAUAAUGGAAUGUGAAAUGUUCUGUGCUGCCACAAAAUGUAUUUAGGCUUAGAUUUAUACUGUAUAUCUCUGUAUGUUUCUCUUCCUUUUUCAAUAGAUGAUCAUGUUAAACCAUCAAAUAAAUGAUAUACAUUGUACCUGUGUAUUUGGUAUUGCGAGCAUGCAUGACACUCCGUAAAGAAUCCGCAUAUACUGUACAUGUAGAGCAAGUACAAUAAUACAAUGAACUGCCAUUUCAAACGUACAAUAGAAUUUUGAUAAAAUGUUUCCUGUACAUAUCCCAGGACUUGUUGGGAAUUUGUCCUCUUCAGCUAUUCAGGUGCCCUUGAGCAAGGUACUCAAUCCCUAUCUGUUCCAGUGCAGCUACGCAGUGACAGUUGAAGACUUUUAAUCGCAACUCCCAGUUGGACAUCUUUUGUGUAUGAGGUGAACUUUAUGAAUGUGUGCCAGAGUGUUGGUGAAUAAGAGUAUAGUUCCCUGGAUAA